AAUGCGUUCUUAAAGCCUGCAUUGUUCCGCUUUUAGUUACAGUAAAGCCCUUACUUAUAAAAUGCCAAAAUUGCAAAUGAGACUUCUUAUUGGAAAACCUUUAUGAAUUGCCUAUCACAAUGAUAUUUCUAUACUCGUUCUAAAACCAAACAAAUUAAACUCAAUAAUAGUUUUAAAAUCAAUAAUAAACUCCAAUUAUAAUUUUCUAUUUCAUAUAUGAAAAAAAUUAUUCAAUUACUUUUGGCACGUUUAAAAAAGUAUUUAUAAACUAAAUUGACGAAUUAAAUUUAUUUGUCAUUCAAAUCAAUCAUAAUCACAAAUUGUUCAUUGGUUUCUAUUCGAGCAAAUAGGCAAUGCCUUAUACCUAUGCCCUAAAAUUAAUCUCGAUGUUCAAUUUUGAAAAUCAGCCAAGUAAAACCAAUUAAAAGUUCAAAUAUUUUCCCUAUUCCAUUCUCAUGUUAACGUUUGUUGCGUGAUCUCUAUAACUAUAGUAAUUCAAAUGUAUCUAUUUAUUUCUAUUUUAUUCAAUUUAGAAUCUAAAAAUGGUCAACAAUUCUAACAAAUAACCUAAACCAGAAUCUGAAUCAAGUUGGUCAUCAACAAUCAUGUCAGUUAAAAAUUUUAGAUGUAGCCUUAUCAUUAUUUUGGGGUUUGCUUUAGUCCGUGAAGUGGUUUUUAGUAAAAAUUGCUUUAAACUGAAAUUUCUAUCAGUUAGAACCAGCGAUACGAAAUUCUACCGCUUAAGUGCAACCCUAAACGAAGACUCUACCUUAACGGUUAUCACAAAUGUUCUCAAAGAUGUUCCAGGUCCGAUGUGGAAAUUUGCUGUUAUAGAAUAUUUAAAAGGCACAACCAACACUAAAAUACACUUCAAUGGCUUACUUAACACCUGUGAUUGGUUCAAAACUUUAAAUAAUAUAAGAAUCCUUCGACAAUUGGUUACGCCAAUCUUUAAGGAUCCUAAAAAAGGCAACUUUAGCUUUGACUGUCCAUUUCGUGUAGGGGUUUAUGUGUUGAAAGAUGUUGAUGUGCCAGCUCAAUCUGGUGCUGGUAUUAUGAAAUAUACGUACAAGCCCAACUCUAUAUACCUCAUAUCUUUUAAAGUUGUACAGCGUUUGACGAAAAAUAAAAUGGAGAAACUAGGUAAAGUCGAGAUGAAUUCUACUAUUACUGAAAUUUGCUAGGUCACUUCUAAUGUGGAUUGGAUUAAAAUAAAUA